CCUGACGUUUUCCCCCCUCGUUUCAACGCGGAUCUGUCCCGUUCGCAGACCUGCUCGAGCUGCAAGACGAGGCAGAAGUGCACCAAGUCUUUCACGAUCCAGAAGUUCCCUCAGAUCCUGGUGAUCCACCUGAAGCGGUUCUCGCCGCACGAGCGAUUUCGCGCGAAGCUGUCCACGACGGUGGAGUUCCCCGUGAACAAUCUGGACAUGUCCUCGUACGCCGCGUCGAGCGGGAAGCAGUGCACGUACAAUCUCUAUGGAAUCGCCAAUCAUUCGGGCACGACGUACUCGGGUCACUACACGGCCUACUGCAAGCACCCGUACCUAAACGAUUGGUACGAAUUCAACGAUGCCAGGGUGUCGAAGGUCUCACGAAACAGUCUCGUCAGUGGGGAGGCAUACCUCCUGUUCUACGAACUCGGAGGAUAUUCCACCCGAUUGUGAGGCGAUCCGGCGAGGAUCGGGUUCACAGCUAGUCAGACAUCCGACGGGAGAACCUCCCGGAGACGGUUCACGUCUCGAGCACCCGGUGAAGAACCCAAGCGUCUUUUAAGUUAUUGUCGGUGUGAUAUGCUUGCGACCAUCUGCUCGGCAGGUGAUAACCGAUUUGCUUGAGCCUUGAGAGUAUUGCUUGACUCAAAUGGGAUAUUGGAUUCUCUUAUGAAAUUUGAAAUUGGUUGUGUUAAUCAGUCCUCAAUUUUUAAUAUCAUACAGCGGACACGUCCUGUCCUUUGCGUAGCAAUGAUUAGUCCAUGACUGUGAUGGCUACUGUGUAGCAACCCCACAUGAGAAUGAGGAUUAUUUAAAAGCAAGAUCUGUGGAAAUCUAGAUGAAAUUUUCUUCAAUCAGAGAAUAAGUACAUAUGAAUAAUAAAAAAUUUACUAACAAAAACAACCUCCUGUG